AUAAAAAGCCCCUUUCCGGGUGUCCUCGCUCUUCUCACUCCACCCGUCCACCGCGAGCGUUUCAGCUCUGAGAGCCACUCCGAGAGCAACGAAGCAAUCCCCCAGUGCUCGAUCGCUCGUUUCCCCUGUCAAUCCCUCGCCAAUGGAGCUGGAGGACUGCGAGCGGAUGAUGAUGGUACUGGACUCGUGCUUGUCUCGCAUCAAUUGGCGGCUGCAAUAUAGGUCGAAGCGUCGCCUCUUGACAGACAUACUUUGUUUAUGCACUGGACUAAGACCAGUAGUUCUGGUGGACUAUGGUGGACUACUGCCAAAACUCCAAGAGGACCUCUGCUCACUACUUCGCCUUGCUCAGGAGAAGUCAGCCAUUUUACAGCCAUUGAGAGUGAUGGUCCUAGAAGAUAUGGCAUAUAUAGUUCAUGUCAAAGAAUUUGAGGAGCAUAUUUCAUCAAGCCUGACCUUGCAGCAGCAGCUAGUUCUUCUGGACCUUGAACAAUGCCCUCCAGAGAUACUGCCGCACACAGUGGAGAACGAAAAUGCAUCAGAACUUCGUCGGGCCCAAAAAUCAUUUUCAUCAGUGUUUCCUGUUGAAGUUGGUGCAAGUGUUCUACCUGUUGUACCUUGUCCCAUGGUAAAGCCAGUGAUUGGAUCAUCAAAAUGUGAGGCUGUUGAUGUGUCUUGUAGUAGUAAGCAUACUGCUUUUCAAACAUCUUCGGCACUGGAUCUGAGUUAUAUUACAGAAGAUGCCAAGAUCGCCCUAUCAUCUGUGAAUGGGUGGCUUCUUGGUUAUCCAAUUACAUAUUUGUUCAGCAAAGAGCACGGCGAAAAAGCUAUGCGUAAUCUAUCUUUCAAGUCUAUUUAUCACUACAAGCUUUUUGCCCGCAGAAAGGGAACACUUACCUCAAAGCUCCAGGAGGAUGAGGUACUAAGGGUUCUUUCUAUUAUGACUGAAAGUCGAGGAGCAACUUUUCGAAGGCAUGCCCAAUAGGCUAUGAAGUCAAAAAUAUAUGGUUAUGACGGAUUCACAACCUAUGUGCAUGACAUCAGACUAGGGGAUUGAACCCACGAACAUACUCAUAAUCAGAGCCAUUUGGACAGACAUCUAUAUGUUAAACCUACUAGAUGAAAUAUUAUCCCUUACAUUCAACAGACAGUAAUGGGAUAUAUUCCUUGAUGUCUCGUACAGGUACAGAUAUCGGAUGAUAUCGGCUGUUUUUCAGACAUUUAUUGUGUCCUUCAUCGUUUAAAUGAAUCUAAAAACUGAUCCAUGUGCUUCGCAUGCAAAAAGAUGUAAAGCUAUUUCAUUUCGUUGCAUAUAUACCUUCCGCCUAACGAGUUUUUUUAUGCUUUACGGCAAUAUGUUCGAACCAGUUUUACAGCGCCUUGUGAUGUGGCUAAAAGAAGGGAGGAGGAGCCGUGGAUCGAGGCAUUUCUUGCUCGCAUGGAG